GGGGCGGGGCGGCCGCGGGGCCGGGGGCGGCCGGGCCCGGCGCGGACAAAGGCACCAGCACCGGGCCGCUCCGUGCGGGGGCCGAGCCGCAGCCUGACAUGAUGUUUCCACAAAGCCGGCACUCGGGCUCCUCUCACCUGCCGCAGCAGCUGAAGUUCACCACCUCUGACUCCUGCGACCGCAUCAAGGACGAGUUCCAGCUCCUGCAGGCCCAGUACCACAGCUUGAAGUUGGAAUGUGACAAACUAGCCAGUGAGAAGUCAGAGAUGCAGCGUCACUAUGUCAUGUAUUAUGAGAUGUCCUAUGGGCUGAAUAUUGAAAUGCACAAACAGGCUGAAAUUGUCAAGAGGCUAAAUGGGAUUUGUGCACAGGUUCUGCCCUAUCUUUCACAAGAGCAUCAGCAGCAGGUCCUGGGAGCCAUUGAACGAGCCAAGCAGGUUACAGCACCAGAACUGAACUCCAUCAUCCGUCAGCAGCUUCAAGCUCACCAGCUGUCACAGCUCCAAGCCCUCGCUCUGCCCCUGACUCCGCUGCCCAUGGGGCUCCAGCCCCCGUCCCUGCCCGCUGUCAGCGCUGGCACCGGGCUGCUCUCCCUCUCAGCCUUGGGCUCUCAGGCUCAUCUCUCCAAGGAGGACAAGAACGGCCACGAUGGUGACGCCCACCAAGAUGAUGACGGCGAGAAGUCGGAUUAGAUGGAGGGGG